CCCUGCCAAUUCGCCAAAAACGACGCCGAAAGUCGAUAACAAGAGCGCCGGCACCGAAACCUCGUUCACGGUCAGCGGCCAAGGGGAGAUCAAGAAGCUGAUCAAGACGCUGAUUAGGAGGGGCACAGCGAAGGACGUAAAGGGACUGAUGAUUUCUUUCUCGACGGCCGAGUAUCAAGAGAAGAGUAAACGCGGUGAGCAGAUCGCCGAGCUACUGAAACGACAAGUCUUCCCUUCACCGCGUGUUGUAUCUUUACUCAACGUCGUCUUCUGGACGCCCAACCUUACUACCCUGACUCUCAACUUUUCUGGUCAUCUUGACACGUAUUCGGAUUGUCUCGGAGAGAAGCUCAUUGUCGCAUUAUGCUCGCUGAAGAAUGUCGAGAACUUUUCUCGCCAUGCCACGACAUCCGCGUGCACGGAUUUCGGCCAGUACAGCUUGAUGAAAUUGGUCUUGUCUUGGCCGAACCUCCGGACUCUAUAUCUUGCUGUGGAUAUGAACGGCAGCGAAGACUGUUCAACGAUCCCUCCAGCAACGUGCAUUAGAAUCUGUCACUUUUGAGCGCUGCAUGUCAAAUUUCGAAAAAUUAGCACCCACGUUCGCGGGAUCCGCCAAGAAUCUUAAGACCUUCGAAUCCUGGAUGAUGGGGUUCAAAGAGGGAUAACUAUCCCUCAGCUUUCCUCUUGUAAUCGCUAACGUUGUAGGAGGGGGUAUUGGUAACGUGGAUUGAAACGAUUACUAUAUAGUGAGAAUCUCCUACCCUCUUAUGUUAUUCUUCAAGCUUAUUGUCGUUGAGGCGAUUAUUUAUUUAUUACCUGUAUUGCUUCAUAAAUUCAUUCUACCUACUAAAAAUUUGGCAGCUAGCAGUCGACAUCGCUUCUUCUCCGUCUGUAAAUUGAUUUUACCCCCUAUCCCCCAUUCAGGUGAUCAUCUCCGCUUCGCGAGUGUCUACUUUCACUCCAUGUUUUUCGUCAUAUCGAGAACAAAGAUUUCCUUAAUCAAAUGCUGACCCU